AUGAACGAGGAUGCUAUAAAAAAUUUGAAUAAAUGUUCUAGUGAAAAGAAAAAAGAGGAAGACCUCAAUUCUUGUAAUUUACUAGAAUAUUACAAAAGAAAAUAUUCAUCCAUAGAUAUUGAGAAAGCUAACUUAAUAUUGAAAGAACAAUUUAUGAUACCUCAAUUUAGAGAUAAACAAUUAGAAUGUUUAAAUUCUAUAAAAAGGUUUGAACAUGUAUUAAAUAUUAUGCCAACAGGUGGUGGUAAAUCAUUAAUUUAUCAAAUAAUGCCUUUAAUUAUAGAUGGUAUAAGUAUUGUAAUAAGUCCUUUAAUAUCUUUAAUACAAGAUCAAAUAAUAUCUUUAAGAAAUAAAAAAAUUGUAGCAGAAACUAUUAAUAGUUCUUUAAAUAAAAAAGAAAAUGAAAGAAUAUUAGAUAUUUUAAAAAGCCAAAACUUGGGAAAUUUAAAGGUUUUAUAUAUUACACCAGAGACAGCAACAAGUGAUUAUUUUAUAGAUAUAUUAUAUAAUCUUUAUAUAAAUAAAAAAAUCUCUCUUAUUUCCAUUGACGAAGUACAUUGUAUAAGUACAUGGGGUUCUGAUUUUAGAAAAUCAUAUAGAAAUUUAAAUAAGCUUCUUGACAUUAGCCCUUAUGUAAGAACAUAUUGUUGUACUGCCACAGCAACGAAAUUUGUAGAAAAGGAUAUAAUAAGAAACUUAAAUUUUAAUCAAAUAAAUAAAGAUUGUGAUAAUAAUAUAAUUAGUAAUAAUAUAAAUGAUAAUAACAAAUAUGAUGAUCAUAAUAAUAAUUGUAAAAUACUUAACAUUGUUAGAACCUCAUUCAACAGACCCAAUUUAAAAUAUAUUAUUGUUUAUAACGAUUUAAUUAAAGAUGACAAAAAAACAAGUGUGUGCGAUAUUAUAAAUGAAAAACGAAAUAAAGGAAAAAUUGGUAUUAUAUAUUGUUUUAAAAGAAAUACAUGUGAUGAAAUUUCUAAAUAUUUAAGAGAAAAAGGUAUACAAGCUUUAAGUUAUCAUGCUGGAUUAACAAAUAGUACAAGAAAAAGAAUACAACAGAAAUGGAUAUCUGGCAAGACAAAUAUUUUAGUAGCUACCAUUGCAUUCGGUAUGGGUAUUGAUAGAAAAGAUGUAUCAUUUAUUAUACAUUAUAACUUACCAAAGAGUAUAGAAAAUUAUUAUCAAGAAUCUGGUAGAUGUGGAAGAAGUGGACAUAUAUCCUUUUGUUAUUUGUUUUAUUCAAAAGAAGAUGUAGAGAAAUUGUCAUAUAUAAUUAAAACAAGUUUUGCUCAUUUAGAUAUGCAUGAUAAAAAUAUAGAAAAAAAAUAUGAAAAAGAAAUUUAUAAUCUAGAAUGUGUUCACAACUUAUGUAUGAAUGAAAAAUGUAUACGUUCUCAAAUUUUGUCUUAUUUUGGAGAAAAAUAUCCAAAUAAAGAUAUACAAAAAAAUAAUAAUUCUGAUCAUACUAAAGAUAAUUUGACAGAUGAUGAACAUUUCUGUUGUUCAUUUUGUUAUGACACUAAAGGUUCAAGACUUAAAAUUCAAAACGUAAUCAACUUAUAUGAGAAUAAAAAAGUAAAUAAUAUAUCACAAUUUUAUAGUAAGGGUAUCACACAUGGAUAUAAUUAUAAAUAUACCAAUAAUGGAAAACAUAAGUUAUAUGAUGACGACACAUAUCAUAGCCCCUCGGGCGAAGAAUUACAGGAAAUGAGCAACACUAAUAAUUAUAAUAAAUAUGAUGAUAAAAAAUUAGAAGAAGGAAUAUAUAAAUUAAAUAAUAAAAAAAUUAAAGGAUAUGUACCUUUUCAGAGUGCAUCUUCUAUUAUUCCUAAACAAAUUCGAGAUAAAGGAAUUGUGGAAGUAAUGAAAGAAUUAGAAAGAAGAGAAGAUGAAUUAAAUGAAAAAACAAAAAAUGAUGAGGAACAACAUAAAGUAAAUAAAAUGAAUUUAUUCAAACCUAAUUCUAUGAAUGUAAAGAGGAAGCAUGUAUUUUCUUCAUUUAAAAUUCCAAGGAAAAUUUGA